AUGAGUUCACGUAAGAACACUGCUGCAAGUAUUUUACUGAGACAAUAUAGAGAAUUAACUGACCCCAAAAAGGCUAUCCCAUCCUUCAAUAUCGAACUAGAAGAUGAUUCCAACAUAUUUGUUUGGAAUAUCGGUGUAAUGGUAUUAAACGAGGAUUCCAUAUAUCAUGGUGGUUAUUUCAAAGCACAAAUGAGGUUUCCCAACGAUUUUCCAUUCUCCCCACCACAGUUCAGGUUUACCCCCGCCAUCUAUCAUCCAAAUGUCUAUAGAGAUGGUAGACUUUGUAUCUCUAUUUUGCACCAAAGUGGCGAUCCAAUGACUGAUGAACCAGAUGCAGAGACCUGGUCCCCCGUACAAACCGUAGAAUCUGUUUUGAUCUCCAUAGUAUCCCUACUAGAGGAUCCAAACAUUUCUUCUCCAGCUAACGUGGAUGCCGCUGUAGAUUAUAGAAAGAACCCAGAACAAUACAAACAACGUGUUAGAAUGGAAGUCGAAAGAUCGAAACAAGAUAUUCCCGCUGGGUUUGUGAUGCCAACAUCGGAAUCCGCCUAUAUUUCCUCUUCUGCAAGAAAAUCCAUGUCUCAAUCAACAGUUAAUUUGUCGAGUUCAAAUAAUACCAAUAGCUACAAUUCCAUAGGAGAUGGUAGUAGUAAUAAUAACAAUAAUAACAGAAAUGGCAGUAGUAAUGAUAUUAGUCGGAACGGUGAUAAUAACAUUCUAAGUAAAAGCAUGACAGAAAAUUUUUGGUACGAUUCAGAUAUGGAUGAUAAUGACUACCAAGAAGACUUUUUGAAUGAUGACGUUUAUAACUAUACGGGCGGCUUUGCCGACGACGACGAUGAAAACGAAGAACAAGAUAUCGAAUUUGAAGAAGAUGACGACGACGAUGACGAUAGUAUAGACAACGAUUCUGUAAUGGAUAGAAAACAACCAAAUAAAGCGGAUGAUGAAAGUGAAGAUGUAGAAGAGAUGGAAAGAAUAGAUAAGAAAUAA